CUGGACUGCUUUGAUGUGUUUACAGUCUCGUCAAAACAGAACAAUUUCUUUAGAAGUCAAAUACUCAUUUUCAUUCAGUUAUGGAUAAUUUAAAGCAGCAAGUUAUGAUUAACCAAUUUGUACACGCGGCUGGAUGCCACGCAGAACAAGCUAAACAGUUCUUACAGGCAGCACAAUGGCAAUUCGAGGCAGCACUAAGUAUGUUUUUUCAAGAAUCCACAGUUCCCACUAUGUGCCGAACUUGCAACAGAAGUCACACAAAUGGAAAUUAUCCUCUUUGUACACCUGCAAACACACCAGCUACUCCUCCCAAUUUUCCAGAUGCUUUGGCAGCACUUGCCAAGCUUACAACAGGUGAUAAUAAAGUUUUUGGAGGUUCACCACAUCCUCAUUCUAACUACCCAUACCCAUCUCCUUCACAACAGGGCCAGCCCAACAUGGCUCAUUCUCCAAAUAGCAUGCAUAUGCAAAUUGAAGCAAAUAGUCGAUAAUUCAGUAAGGUAAGACUGUUACAACCUCGGCAGCUUGAAUACCUGGACAAAACUUUACGAGUGUUGUAAUGUGCCCACCUUAUUCUGCCGAUUUCUUUUAAAAGGAUAAUUAUUCACACUCUUCAUUGAUUAUAAGCACAAAUUAAUAUUUUACAGUGCCGAAAAAAGGACUGAAAUGGUAUUUUCAGGGAAGGACACUCACACAACAUAAAGGUUAUCAUUUUACAUUUUGUAUGUUUUAGUCACAAUGUGACAACUAAUUAACUUUUGUUCUUUGAAUAUUCAAAUUGAAUUUACUUCAUUACAGUGGGAUUAAGGAAAUUUAAAAAGCUUUGAUGUCUAUGUUGGUAAAAACCCAUAAUCUGCUACGUGUUUUAGAAUUUGACUGUUGUUGUAGCAGUUUUAAACAGCCAGUUGACCCUCUAUUUUUCAUAACUGCCACAAAUUUUAUGAAUGUGUUAAUUUUUUCUUUACAAUAUUGAAAACUUAUUUUUAUUACAAUAAAUAUGCUAGGUUUUUUGUAAUUGAAAGUAACUUAAAAAUACAUAUAGGCCUAUACUACUUGUACAAAAAUGUUUUUAAUUUUAAUGCAGAUGGUUCUUAAUGUACCCCUUGUACCUAAUGGCAUAGAAUAUUUUGACUUUCUGUCAACCAAGAGUUUGAUCUUCUAAACUUCAACACCAAAAUGUCCUGACAGUUUUUUAUACUGUCUGUCAUUAUUUUAGUUACCGUGGUGAGGUAAACUAUUUUGAAACUACUUAAUCUGUCAUAAGAGAGUAGUAAUGACUCAUUAGUUGUGGGAAACAGAUUGUUACUGAAUGCAUCAUUGCACUGUUUAUUGUUAAACCUAUGUAUUUUUUUGUCAAUAUGUUAUGAAGAUUCAAUUGGGCUGUUACAAGUAAAUAUUUUAAUAUAUAGACAGAAUGAGAAUGUGCAGUGUGUGUCUGUUGUUUUUUUUUUUCUUUUAGUCUGGGUGAUGAUAUUUACAUUGUGAUUUCUUGGCAUGAAACUAUUUAUGAUGUUGUUUUAAUACCUAUAGUGAUGAUUGUUAAAUGAGUUCAUAAAACAUACUUAUUCCUUCAUUUCUUUAAAUAGUUCUUUUAUGAUUGACUGUCAUAAACCAAGUAAAGGAAUGAAUUCUGGUACAUUUUUUUUUAAACUGUUUGUGAGCCAUAUCAAUUUCAUUCACUACAUUUAUUUUGACAUGGAUUUCUUUUCUAUCACUUUUUGUACAAUAGUAGCUAAUCUCAGAAUACUUUAAAUAUUUUCUUCAGAAGAUUUAACAUACAAGUAUAUAUAUAUCUAUACAUACAUACAUGUAUUUGAAUUUGUGUUCAUGUGUACUAUUCUAAAUUCAACAAGGAUUCUCAUGUUAUGGGAAAACUAUUACAUAAAUCUGUAAUUUUUUGGCCACUUUAGAGUGGCUGUCAAAUUCUACUUUUUCUAAUUCAUGUAUGUUGUUCUAAGUUCCAUCUCACUUCCUUCACAUUUCUGUUCAAUUUUUGGCUAAUUACACAUGACAAGUCAAAAUAUUUAGACUUCAUUUUAAGCAUCACCAGUAGAUUGUUUUGUUAUUUGUUACUGUUUUUCCCUCUGAAUUUGUAUUUUUACAUACAUGGAAAAGAAAACAAAGAUGUAUAUAAACAUAUUAUGAUAAUUUUUAGGAUCAUUUUUUAAAAAGAUAUAUAGUCUAAAUGCUUACUUACUUUGUACUAUGUUAUAAAAUGUUUAAGUCAUAUGACCUUUUCAUGCUAAACACUAUAUUAUUAGUCAUUUCAUGUUAUUUCAUUGGAAUGUAGCAUUUUGACAUUGUUGGUUUCUUUUUUUUUUAAAUAGUUUUAUGUACAUUGUUUUCCUUGAGUGUAAUCCUUGCUGCCUAUUUGUGCUGUAAGUGGAAUUUUUAUGUUUUAUGACAGUAAAAUUCAAAAACAGAAACUUGGAUUUCUCUCAGC